AUGAGACGUCGACACCCGGACAGCUUGGCGAACCUCAUCUUGGUUUCCCGUCGAGCAGAUGAGGAGUCCAAGACACGGGCACUGGAACGUGACUAUCAAGAGAAGCUGGCAGCGUUAUCGCGAGAGCUAGAGCAAGCACAUGAGUCGAACGAGACCAAGUUAGCAAGUUUCCGUCAGCAACAAGAAAAAUUGUUGUUGCAGUACAAACGGAAGAUUAAAGAACAGGAAAAGCAGCUCAAGCAGGUCUCCAAGACCCCGUUAUCACACAGACCCAUGUCCAAGGACAGCUCUACGUCCGAAGCGGAGCUGGCGAAGAUCCGACGCUUUUACACGAACAAGAUCAAAGAGCUGGAGCGCAAGUGGGAGGCCAAGUAUCGAUCUCUGCGCAAGCAACAGUAUUCUGGACGAGGCAACCAGCCGAAGCAAGAAAGUCUCACGUAUGCGGAGUCUACUGUGGUGAUUGCAAACUUGCAACGUCAGCUACGCGAGCAGGAGGUGGAGUUGAAGCAAGAGAAAUCUAGAGUGGAGCAACUCGAGGCAGAAAGUCAACUGGCGAACACUCCUACUAAAGAUUCGUCAGCCAUGGAGGAAGAUGGCAAACGCAAGCAGCUUGAGGACCAAGUUGCGGACUUGAAGGCGCAGUUGGAAGACAGCGAGAGCGCUCGAGCCAGACUGGCACAGACGUUGACCACUGUCCAGGCAUUAGGUUUGGCUCGAGCGCUCAACUCCGAGCCUAAAGAAGUGACGCAGAGCUUGCCAGAGUCGCAACCUGUUGUAUCCCAGCACGCACAAGCCGAGCUAACGCAGCUAAGACAAGAAUUGGAUGCAGCGCGAGAGACUUUAAACAGUGAGCGAGCGACUGCUACCGAGACAAUUGAGCGACAUCAGCAGCAAAUUGCUAACUGUAUCGAGAAGAACACCGCUCUGGAAGCUCAGUUGACAGGGAACCAACGUGAAAUGCAGAGUCUUGAGAAAUUGGCGCUUGAAGCGGAGCGACACAAUCGUUCUUUGGAGAUACAAGCUCAGCGAGUUCCUGAACUGGAAGAAGACCUUUUAGCCUUGCGUCGCGAACUCCAGUUGCCACAAACGCCUUCCAUGGUGCAGUACCGGUCCCUAGAACUCCAGGUAGCUACUCUGGAGCAGAAACAUAAGCUGCGUGAAGCUGAGCUCAAGGUGGUGCUGGAUCGUGCCUUGACGUCAACUCACCUCGAACAUCUGAGUCGCGAACGUGCUCAUCGUGCAGCAAUGGCAGCCAAAACCGCAGAGAUCGCCUCUUUCAAGCGCCAACUGGAGGAAAUCCUAGACGAACUAGCACAACUGCAGCAACCGUCCUCACCACGGUCGCCCAGUACAAAACCACUCAACCAACCUGAGAACAACCAAGACGUAACUUGGUAG